AGUUUGGGGAGUGAGUUCUUUCGCGCGAUCGAGCAAGGGAUUUCCCCAGGCCAUGAAUCCCACGCCCCACCCCUAAUUGGGAGGUUGUUUGCUCGAUUGAUCUCGCGCGCUAGUACAAUUACUUCCGGGUACUGAGGAGUUCAUGGCAUGCUGCAUAUUAUAACGCUAGUAGUAGUAGUACAUUGUAUAAUGAACGAAUGUGUAUACGUUAUACACGUACACUCAUAUAUGCAUGCGCUGCAUGCAAUACUAAAUGCACAUUACGCAUAUAGGGGACCUACAUGCAAUAUGGCCGGUGUUAUUUCGUAACGUGGUAAACGUGGUCGAGAAGUUGACUGGAAUUCCUGAUGGAGAAAACAUCUUCUAUUUCUAGAGUUGCCGACUUUUCAUCACCCAAGUUAGAAUCUCUAAAAAAGUUACCACGGAUUUCGAACUAUGAUAAGCUGUCUUUUCGUCAGCGCAUCUCAGAAAUGGACAAUAAUGAUGCCGCUGAAAAGACGAGUUGUGGAACUGACUCUUCUGCUGCCAUUGGUGGACAUGUGAUUGACUACGAUGAUUACGAGGCUUUACCCCAGAGCUCCACGCUGACCACGCAUUUGAUUGCCGGUGCUUUUGCGGGCAUGGCCGAGCACUGUGUAAUGUACCCAUUUGAUAGCGUGAAAACACGAAUGCAAUCUAUCAAGCCUUCACCCAAUGCAAUAUACAAAAACGUCUUCAACGGCUUGACCACCAUCAUAAGGAACGAGGGAGCCAACGGAACUGUGAGGGGCAUCAACGCAGUGGCGCUGGGAGCAGGUCCCGCCCACGCACUCUACUUCGCAUGCUACGAAAAGCUCAAGAAAGUGCUCAGCUCUCAUCCAGGCAAAAAUCCUCUCGCGAAUGCGGUUGCAGGUGGCCUAGCAACAGUCAUCCAUGAUGCUGCCAUGAAUCCUGUAGAAGUGAUCAAGCAACGCAUGCAGAUGUACAACAGCCCCUACAAGAACGUUACAGACUGUUUUAAGCGGGUGUGGAGAACUGAAGGCACCAAUGCCUUUUACCGGAGCUACACCACCCAGCUCACUAUGAAUAUACCCUUCCAAACCGUCCACUUCGUCAUCUACGAACUGGGCCAAGAGUACCUGAACUCUGAACGAAAGUACAACCCAAAGACGCACGUCAUGUCGGGCGCGUUCGCGGGAGCCUUCGCCGCCGCAGUCACGACCCCGUUGGACGUUUGCAAGACUCUGCUGAACACGCAGGAGCGGGGCGUGACUAACGGGAGGUCGUCAAUAAACGGCAUGCUCCAUGCCUUUAGGACUAUAUACGACGUCGGCGGGCUCCGCGGUUACUUCAAGGGUAUAGGCGCCAGAGUUGUGUUCCAGAUGCCGGCCACGGCGCUAUCAUGGUCCGUCUACGAGUUCUUCAAGUACUUCUUAACGAACCAAUGGCCAAAUACAUAGGGAAAAGAUUUUACAUCUUCUACGUGCAAGAGCUUUUUUAGGUCUAUAUGAAUUCCCUUGACAAACGGCUAAAAAGAGGUUGAUAAAAAAUAACUCUUUUUGUUACCUUUUAUUACCCCUCACAUAUGUAUAUUGAGUAUUUAUGACACUUAUCCCUCGUAGACCAUUAAACUGCAAUGUAGACCUAUACAGAUAGGAAUUCAAUGCGAACCUGUUUUGGGUGAAUGUGUUCUGUACCCUUUUAAUAUCCCAUCCCAUCUCCUCUUUCGUCAUGCUGUAAAAAAAUUGUUGAUCAAUUUAGAUUUUUCUCCAGUGAUGCUUAUAAGUGGCCCUAUCAGCUUCAAUAACUUUUGUCAUUUGUUGCUCAUGAAUUUAGACGCUAAAAAUGAGGCGGCUUUCCCUUUUUAUAGCUGUAAUAUCAAUAGUGAACUAUGCCAGAAUGCAUGUACCUGUAUGAUCACAACAUUGCUGUUUAAUGUCUCUCAGAAAAAAAAUGUACGUGAAAUUCUUUCCAAUCUGCCUCGUGGUGUAUUCUUUGCUGUUUAGUGCACGCAUAAAAGUGUAUCUGCUCUCCGUGAACAUGUAUGUUAACUACAAAUAUUGAGCAGCAGUGUUUAUUCUGAAAAUACCAUGUUUUUUCAAAAAUCAAGAUAUGUUGAUUCUUCUUGUAUAUCAGAACAGAUGUGCUAAAUUGAUCAAUAAUGAAAAAUUUAAUCCAAGUUGAUUGCUUUUGUGGUGGAAAAAACCUGAGCCGAUAAAGGGAGGGGGGACUAAUGUUUUUUUUUUUCAAGUAAUAGAGGCACUGAUCUCGUCAAAGUCUCCAAUGACCUCCCUAGUGCCAAUUGUUGAGUCCUAAAAAUUCUUCAGAAAAAAAGAGAAAAAUACAUACAUACUGCAUCCAGUUUUACUGCAUCCAGUUUUAUUGCAUCAACGCUUCUUAAAUACUCAAUGAUAAACAAAUAUUUAAGGCAUAAUCGUUAUUAAAUGUAUAGAUUGGCAACAUUAUGAGAAUUUGCAAAUUUUAAUUGACUUUUGCCACUCUCAAUGCUAUUACUGAUGAAUGAUAAACAAAAAAUACAGCUGUGAAAGAAAAAAUUCUGCCAAUCUGAAGAAUAAAAGUUGUUCAAAUUAGGCAUCAGAUAAUUCAAUGCUGGGAAUGUGUUGAGCUUAUUAUUUUUUUUUUGCAUAAGAAGGCAGUACUGAAUAUUUUUAAAGAGAAGACUAUUUUUGUAUUCUACAGAAUGUCCCAAUUCAUUGACAGUGAGAAACAAAAUUUUAUCUUGAGAUACGUUGGGGUCAACUUGUCCAAUGUGGAUGCAUUUAAAACUUCUUUAUGGUAGAAUGAUUGCUCAAAUUUUUUUCAAAAAAAAAAAAAAUGGGAAGCAGCAUAAAUUUGAAAUCAUUAGUUCGGUAUCAAGUUGAAGUUUCAUCUUUAUCAUGCAGUCUUACACGUUAAUUUACCGGUACAAAGUCUAUUUACGUGUGCUUACAUCAUGUGUAGGCUUACCAAAAAAAAAAUUUCAAAACAAAACUAUUAAGUCACAAACUUCAUGUAUGAAAUAUGGGAACAUCGUAACUUCUACUGGUUUAAUAAUCCAAACUAGUAAAGCUUCAUUUGGAUGAGCAUACCAAGCAGCUGGCAUCAUCAAUGUGAAAGUACAGAUUUUGUGGAAUAUUUUUUAGUUGUGUAUAAAUUUUCAUUUGAAUUGCUUUAAAAGAUUAAGUGCCUUAUGCCGAAAAUGAAUUGAAUUCUUCGAUUAAUUUUCAAAUGUUAUUUAUAGCUCUUUGAAUGAGAUUCUUGUCACUGUGAAUGACACAAGUCGGUGUAGACUCAAUGGAGCAGAGACAUGUAAUCUUGGUCUUAGGCAGAGCAUUUUUCCGGGGGGGGGGGGGGGUUGACAGACACAUUGAAUAUUUUUCAAAACCUUAGUUACCACAUACAACUUAUACUAUUUAAAACCGAAUGAGAAGGAUUCGGUACACAUUUUACCUGUUUGUUUGUUUUUUUUUAACUUGCAAUUAACAACAAAAAAAAUUGGAAGAAAAGAUUGGAGGGGGUUGCACUCUCUCUGCUGUGUAUGGUAAUUAAUUGUACGAUCAUUUUGAUACACUUGUAAUUGUAAAGAUGAUAUUAAUUCCAGCUUUGUCAAUAGAAUUCACAACCCUUAUUUUCAGUCAAAAGCUAUGCAUGGUAUGACGGACACAGAUCAUUUCUUCGUACAACACUCCUACUUAUUGGGGUUUCUGACACGGCUCUUUACAAAUCUCAUUCAAGAAACUUUUUUAAAAGUUAAAGAUCACAACAAAAAAGAACAGCUUCCAUAUCUUAAUUAUCCUGUGGAUAUGCCCAAAAUAAAAAGAUUUCAAUUAUAAGCAAUGAAUUUGAUAAUAUGUCUGUAUUAUUUGUGAGACGAUGACGCUCUGGUGUAUUGUGCUCUGUAUAAAAGCCAAUUGAUAUUAUGUUGCUUUGUUUAUUUUUUUGUUUUGUUUUUUUUCAGAAUAGUUUCAGAACACCUAUUUCAAUAUAAUAUAUAAAAGUUAAUUUAGUCUUUUGGCUUUUUAGAUGACUGAAUAAUAUUGAAUGAAAAAUUACAUGUACAUGUAUGCGCCAUCUUCAAAUAGGGAUUAUAUAGACUCAAAUUGUGACAAUGCUUCAAUGGAGGAGGCUGCAAAACUAUGUACUGCCUUUCUGUACAAAGAGGGCAAAAUGCAUUGCAAGGAUAAAUGUAUUUUAAACUCUGAAAAAUCCCAAGAUUUAGUGAGAACCAUGAUAUGAGUGCAUUCAUGGUAGAAUGUAUUCCUCACCAGUUAAGUACCAUGAUUAAAUGUGGGACUAUAAGUCUAUUAAUUAUUAUUGCAAGGAAAAAUAUCUGACAAUAUGCAGGAACCCCAUGCUUAUUUUGCUAAUUUCUCAGUAAUCUUACAAAUUUUAAUCAAAUCCUCUGGCAUAUAUUGUUAUUUAUACACAAAGACACCUGUGUGGUCAUUUUCAUUGGAUUCUGUAUGAAUCAUUUUGAAAUCGUUACAACUGGCAUCUCUCUUUAAGCAUCUGAUUGGUGUCAAAUUCCCUAUGAAAACAAAUGACAGUGAGAUGUCCCCAAAGCAUUGGUUGUAUGUUUGUGGUUCAAACUAUCUUCCAUAAUUCUUGUUUACAGUAUGACUUCCAUCGACUUUUGUGUACAUCAGGAAGCCGUCUGUUAUAUUAAAGUAGUAUGAGAACGGACUUGUUUUCACAACAGAAUGCACAAAAUCUAUACUGCUUCUCUUUAUAUGCAAUAAUGGGCAUUUUCACAUGAUUUUGGUUCAUGAUUAAGUAUGGGUAUUAGUAAACAAACUCUUUAUAUGUCAUUUAGUUUUGUAAUUGUGUUUUUCUGAGGGAUAUAUUCCCGGCCAAUUCAUGAAAGCUCACUGGAUGGUAUCAAGGUUGGUGUUGACUUUUGGUGUUGGCAUCGGGCUGAUUUUUGUGCAAAGGUCAAUACAGCACCAAAUUUAAAAUCAUGGUGUCCUGUGAUUAAUUUCACUAGGUGUUUAUAGGCUAUCAUUAAUGUGAUUUGAAUCUUUUUGUGAAGGGAAAGCACAUUGAAUUGUGCUGCCAACACCAACACUGAACUUGAAAUCGUCCAAGUGCUUCUGUUUGAAAGGAUUGCUGUUCGCAAACAUAAUAACCCUAGCAAAUGAACUGAGUGCUCCUACUAAUGGGCCAUGUCUCAAGUAGUGUGACAAAUGCACUUUGAAGAAGACCUUCUCUUUAUGUUUGGAAUCAUCGUUUUUUAUUGCAAUGUCCGUCUUAAAUCCAAUUUAAACCUGUAGCCUCCAGUUAGUCUAUAAAGGGGAGAGUAUUGAUAUUUCACUCUCUUGCAAAAAACAAAAAAAUAACUCUGCACCAAAAUAAAUUUUAAAAAAGUUAUGAUCGUAUUUGUUUCAUCUUCUCCACCCAAUGAGCGGAAUAACAAAGGUUCAAUGUAAUUUUUCUGUCAUUUAUAGAUCUAAUUUCCUGUUAUAAUAUCUAUCAUGUGCUACACACUGGUAUUAGAAAGCAAUAUUGACUUUUCAUUGCUCUGAUGAUUGUUAUAGAUGUUUAUUUGAUUAAUCAGUUCAAAAGGAAAUUGUGUGCUGAAAUCAUAACGUUUUUGAUCUAUAUAAUUAAAGCAUAAAAAGACACAGGCCAUGCAAAAUCAUGGUUAAAUCUUUUAUCGGUUGAUGGGUGUAGAGUGUUAGGCAUACAGGAAACUGCUGCAUGUACAUUUACUUGUAUAGGUAUAUUAUAGUUGACUUAUUUUGUAUUUUUAUUUUUUGUAUGUGUUUUUAUUCAGAGGCAUUUUGCUGUAAGAGGCAGAGAUGAUGCACGCCAAUUGCGAGUUCUCUCUCCCUCUCGCUUCCAUCUUCGUCUCUUUCCCAAUCACUGGUAUUCUCUUUCAUGCUUCCUCUUUUCUCUCUUCCCCUGUCAAUGUCUCUCUCUCUCCAUCACCCUCUUUCCUUCUCUUUCCAUCUGUCUCCCGUACCUCUUAACCCUGUUUUUCCCCACUCUCAUUAGCCUUUUCUUUCUCUUUCUCUCUUCCUCUCUCACCCUCUUUCUUUCUCCCUGUCUAUCUCCACACUCAUAACAUGCCCCUUUAUCUUUAUUUCACUUAACCCCCUCUUCCCCUCUCUUUGUCUAUCUCUCUCCUCAUCUCUGUUUAAAUGACUAUUAUCUUAAACACUAAUCACUGCUCAUAUAAAAAAUUUAGAAAAAUAUUUUCACUUGUUCCACAAGCUUUUGGCAGACUCGGUUUUCUGCUUUUCUUUCAACGUGGACAAGAAAUUAGGAUUACAAAAUCAAUUUUUGAGGUAUUUAGAAUAGUUAGCCUACAGAUGUAUGUAUUUCACACUAUUAAGGAUGCAAACUGCUAUGAAAUGUACUUUUUAAUGUUACUAAAGACGCACAAAAAAUGUACUAUUUCUCUGUGUAUUGGAGAGUGUAUUUUCUGAUUAGUAGGGUUAUAUGAAGCAGUGCGAAGCACUGAACAGAUUUGAAUAUGUACAUAACAGAGAGCAAUAUAAGAAUUAUGAAAAUAUAUGUUCAUUUACUUAUGGUUAUCCAAUGCUAACGUGACUUGAUUUUUAUUGGAAUAGUGUAAAUGUCCCAUUAUUUUUCUUGAAUGUCAUUUACACCAUAGUAUUUCUGAACUUGAAAAUAAUCCCAAUUGUGAUAACUGGAGUGAAGCUAAAUAUUUUUUUUAAUAUUAAAUCUAUAAAAUUUGUUACAUAUGAUGGGUUUGUUUUGCUUGGGAUGUUUCCCAGUAAAGCCUUAUGUUUUUGUAGGAGCCGUCUCCCAUUGUAAAAUAUAUCACAAGUAGAGUCGAUGCUUUGCAUAAUAUUUCUGUUACAUGCUUUCCAAUUGCAUAUACAUGUAUUACUAUAAUCAAUCUUUAAGGAACGUUGGUCUGUGGAUUGAUGCCCAGUUUUCAUGGGCUUGCAAUUAAUAGUGAAGUAUAAUGUGGAUGUUUCAUAAAGCUGCUCGUUCAGUUACGCACGACUGGAACGUGUUCUAAUGUGCUAGAUUGGCUACAUAGAGGUAUAUAAUCAACACAAGAAAGGGUUUACCAGUCUCAUAUAAAAUCAAUCAUAACUUUUGAUCAGCUUCAUGAAAUGUCCUACAAAUAACUUAUUUUGACAAAAUAUACCAUAGAGAUCUUUCAUGAAUUAAGACUUGAGACGCACAAAUAUCACUUGUUCGUGUGUGUGUUUAUCAUAUUUAAUAGAGAUUAUUAAAAUGAAUAAAUGUAAUAUGUAUGGGAAUGAAGUUCAUUACAUAUGCUAGUAAUGUCUAAUUAUUGGUAUACACUUAUUAUUAAAACGGUUCUUUAUUCAGAAAUUCAAAUUUCCAAGGUUGAUAAAUCCCGUCAAAAAAGGUUCAUUAUUCAGAAGUUUUCGAUCAUCUGAAAAUCAAUUAAGAUCUGUUAUUCUGAAAGUUUGAUUGUUUGAAGGGAAAUAGGUUGAUGAGUAUGAAAAUAAAUGAAUAAAGAAUUCGAACCUUUUUUUUUUCGAAUGAAUUUACCUUUCACACCUCAUUCAUUUUCAGAAUAUAAAAGAUACAUUAAGAUUAAAGAACCUUCCAGCUAAUGAACCUCCUGUGUAUUGAAUCUUUGGUAUUAUUUAGUCAACUGUUUUGGAAGAACCAUGGAACCUAGAAAGGGAGAAUGAAAAAAAUGAAUGCAAAAGCUUGGAGAUGGUUAUUGGUUAAAUGAAAUUUUGAUCUAUUUCUAUUAUAACCAUUGUGGGUACGAAUUUUGUAUGAGAAAUGAGGGAUGCAGUCUUUUUUUUUCACAAAUGAUUUUUUGUUCUGUUGCUGAAAGAGAAUGGUGAACUAAAGUAUAAUGGCACGUGUAGAUAUCUCUGCUCCUGCAUGCCAUUUAGUGAUUGAAUUCAAAUUCAAAACUGUGAGAGAAAUUCUGAACUCGACAUUACAUUGCAGCUCUUCCCUUGUGAAUAUAGAAAAAAAUGUUACUCGUGCACUAUUUUGUAUUAAUUAUCAUGAACAUACAAUAUGACCUUUUAUUAAAAAUGAUAUGUAUAUGCCAAGUUUGAGAUGGGCCAUAACAUGUUAUCAGAGUUGUAUGAUAUACUCUGUAACAGUGAAUUAUAUUAUAUUGAACAUGAGACAAUUCUAAUAAAACGAAGGACAGUAUGGUCUAUGUGAAGAACAAA